ACGUCGUCUUUCUUUGUCGCUUGGGGAGAAAAUUGUUUUCAGCGAAUAAUUCAAACUCUUCCUCUAUUGUAGUCCACCUCUGAAGGAAAGUAGUUCUGCCUGUAUUCAGGUAUAGACCGGUUGGAAAGUUUUCUUUUUGUCUGAAGUUUGAGUACUGAAAAUGGGGGAGUCCUUCCGAAGCAACAGUGGCCCUCCUGAUAUUCAGGGAAUGUACAGCCUCAAAGUAGACAAUAUCACUUAUCGCACCACUGUGGACGACCUCCUGGCUGUUUUUGACAGAUAUGGCAAGGUCGGGGAUAUCUACGUGCCGCGAGACAGACGGUCCGGCGAGUCGCGUGGCUUUGCGUUUGUGAGGUACCAGUCCCGUCGCUCCGCAGACGAAGCCAUGUCCCGCGCCGAUGGAAAGAUGCUUGAUGGGCGCCCUCUGAGAGUGCACAUGGCCCGGUAUGGACGACCCGAGGAGGCACAGCGACGCCGGAGUUACGAUUAUGGCCGUCAUCGUGGCGGUGGUGGCUCCAGGAGGUCUCCGUCUCCACGCCGAUCGCGCCACCGCAGCCGUAGUCGUAGUUACGACCGUGAGGAGCCCCGUCGGCGUCGCGACAGAACCGGCUCUCGCUCACCCAGCCCACGCGGUGGCGGACGCGGUGGCAGUGGCCAGGGCGGUGUGUCGAGGUCGCGAUCACGCUCCCCGUACGGCUCACCGCACGCCGCACGUCACGUGGACUCCCGCUCGCGUUCGCGCUCGCCACCGAGGUCUCCCGGCGGUCCUACCCAGUACUCGCGGUCGCACUCACGAUCACCUUCCCCUCGCGGUGGUGGCAGUGGUGGCCGUCAGUACUCUCGCAGUCGCAGUCACAGUGCAUCGCGUUCGCCACCACCACACCGUGAGCAUUACAGCUCUCCGCAGAGAUCACCCGCCGGCAAUGGUGGUGGCGCCAGGCAGCAGCGUAGCUACUCACGCUCGCCAUCGCGCUCUCGUUCACCGUCUCGUUCGCCAUCGCGCUCGCCUCGCUGAUCACCCCGGGGCGUUUUACCCUGACUCGCCACGCCCAGCCGGCUGCAGUAUCUGCACUACUACUACUAUUGGCUGGAGCAGCAGCAGCAGCAGCAGGGUGGUCAUGCCGGUACUGUGGACCGAUCCUCUCCCGGUCGCGUCAGUCCUCUCUGCCUUCUUGCGGCCGGUGUGCGUGAGCGCGCCUGAGCGUGUGUCAAGGAUGUGAGAAACGCACUGCACUGUUUCAACAGCUCAAACGACAAUCUGGUCAUCGCUAGCUAUCUUGUUACUACUGUGCACGCUCAAUCGUUUUGAGCGUCUUUUCAUUUUCUCUAGAUCACUGUGCUUUUGUUGACUAGGCCAGCCAUCCAGCCCGCUUUGCUGCUUCGUCUUUCAGGUUUUCGUAACGCUUACAAUGUUGUUCACGCUGCUCUGCCACUAGGAUAGCCUCUCUGCAUUCUCUAUAUGUGUGUGUGUGUGUGUGUGUGUGUGUGUGUGUGUGUGUGUGUGUGUGUGUGUUUGUACGUGUGUACGUGUGUGUGUUUGUACGUGUGUACGUGUGUGUGUGUUUGUACGUGUGUACGUGUUUGCAUGGGGUACGCCUGCUGUAGUAUGCUAGGUGUGGUGGUCAUGAUAGUAGUGGUGGUGGCUGCUUUGUUGUUGCUGCUGCCGCUAUUAUGGCCUCUCCUUUCUCAAAAUCAAUCUCUGCCUGUUCUAUGCGAGCACACAUUCUGCUUGGAACAUUUCUUUCUUUCAAGGCUCCCUACUUGGCAGUAGUAGUAACCACACAUACCGUUAUCACCGAGAGGCACCGCUAACAGACCGGCUCAAUAUCACCACGGCGGCCUAUUCCCCUAGGCUGUGGCUUUUUAUCAUCUAAAAAAAAACUGUAUUCUGUGUGUGACAGCUGA